GCUGAAUAACACUGAGCGUGCACUGGUUCAUAGAGGCGCCUUGUAAAUUUAAUAAUUCCCAAUAAUUUGUUUGUAUUCUGCGGUGACGCUCUGGCCGGAUGGGGGGAAACGGCACGAGUCGUUUUGCUCCGGGAGAAGAAGAAGGUGGAGUGACUUUUGUGAAGGGCAUUCGGCUUUCAGACCGAGUCAUAAACCGAAUGCGCCAGCCUCCACAGGUCAUCACUCCUCUACCUACAGACAACGGACCCGCUAAACCUGAAACACCACCCUCAGUCCAGGAUCUCCUCCCACUCCUGUCUACCUCAGCCACUCAGGAUGUCUCAACUACAGCUGCUCCAUCACUGGAUGCUGCACCUCCAGUCCCUGUUAAACUAGUCCCGCAUCCACCUGUUAAGUUUCACUCCCUUCCCCCUCCUACUAUAGAGACCACACCUGAAUCCAUACCCACACCCACAAUAGAACCACCCCCACCUGCACCCAUAGAAACAUCUGUAGAUCUACCUCCACCGGCUGCUGACCCGGGACCAACUCCACCACCAACAAUUGAAUCUCCUCCAGUUCCUGUAAUUGAAUCUAUUGUAGAGCCAACCCCAACUCCAGAGCUUGCAUCCCCACUUCCUAGCAUUACUGAGCCAAUUUCACCAACUUGUAAUGAGGAACAAACCUGUCCCAUUCCCAUAACAAUAAUGGAAGAUGUACCUCCACCACUACCACUUCCUCCACCUGUUGAGGAGCUGGCACCUCCUCCCCAAGUUGUUGUUCCAGAACCCCCCUCUUUUCCACUUGUAGCUGAUACAACCCCUGAGAUUACUAUGCUAUCUCCAUCUGUAGAACUUGCCCCCUCCAUCAAGCCAGCUGUUGUAGCCCCACCCUCUGAUUUGACUCCUCCCCCAGAGCUCACACCUGUUGAAUCAGUAUCUGUAGCUCCUCCUAUUGAAUGUACACCUGUCUUAGCCCCACCCACUGAAUCCAUACCUCUUGAACCAGUCAUUUUAGCAUCACCCCCCGAGUCAACACUUUCAGAACCAAUUGUUUUACCUGUUGACAUUUCACCGGUUGAAACAGUAGUCGAGGCUGCAAACCCUGAGCUUACACAGCCAGCAAUUUUAGCUCCACCCACUGACUUUGCCCCUAUCUUGGUUCCACAAACCGAACCCACACCUCUUGAUCCAGCCAUUUUGGCCCCACCCAUUGAGGCUUCACCUAUAUCUGCCCCACCCUCUGAACUUACACCUGAUGAACCCAUCAUUUUAGCCCAGACCCUUGAACCAUCCCCUACUUUAGCUCCUCCCAUUGACACUACCCCUGAUUUAGCCCCACCUCCUGAGUCCACACCUGUUGAACAUGUAAAUGUGGCUCCAAUCAUUGAAAUGACAUCUGUUGUUGAACCAGCAGUUUUAACUUCUCUUACUGAACCUGCACCUGUCGAACCAGUCAUAUUAGCCCCACCCACUGAAGCCACACCUCUUUUAACUCCACCCACUGAAGCCACACCUCUUUUAACUCCACCCACUGAAGCCACACCACUUUUAAUACCACCCUCUCAAACCACACCUGUUUUAGCCCCACCCACUGAAGCCACACCACUUUUAACCCCACUUCCUGAAACUACACCUGUUGAAAUUGUUGCUUUAGUUCCUCCCAUAGAACCUACACCUGUCGAACCGCUUGUUUUAGCUCCAUCCUCUGAACCCAUUUCCCCAGUUACUGUUGAGAGCCCACCCACUCCUCUUGAGACACUUGAAGUUGAGCUUGUACCACCACCUGCCGAACCAACCUCUGAACCUGUUGUCCUGUCUGUCACUAUUGAAGAUACAUCCACUGUAUUAUCCUUCGACUCUCCACCUGAACCUCCACUUGAGCCUGCUCCUGCAGUGGACCUAGAUGUAGUACCAUCAGAAUCCACUGCCGAGGCACCAGAACCAGCGCCGCUCCCUGAACAGGCCACUGAGAUCCUAACUGCACCCACUCCUAUUGAAGAAGUGCCAGUUGUCCCUGCAGAGCCCCCAGGUGAACUGGUCCCUCCUGAAGUAAUCGAGGAUAGGCUGAGGCAGAAGAUUAAAGCUGAGUUGGAGUUGAGUUUGGAGGAAGAGAUCACCAAGAGAAGACAAGUGCUGCAGAAACAGCUGGAGGAGCUGAGAUCGAUCGCUAUAGCUGAAGCAGAGGCAGCUGCUCAGGCCCAGGUGGAGCAGCAAGUGAAGCAGACACUGGAGGCGGAGAAAGCAGCUUACAUGGAGAACCUUACCCAGUCCAUCGCCAAGGAGCGCAUGAAGACGGAAGACGAGAAACUGAUGGUGCAGCUUUAUGCUCAUAAACUGGAGAUGAGAGAGGAGGAGAUGAAGAAACGUGACACUCUCUACAAGGAACAUAUUGCGAAAUUAGAAUCAAAAUGUUCUCAAUUUUACAAAGUGACUAGUGACAGUUUCCAGAAAAGCAAGGAAGAGACACUCAAUCGUUUUGCUCGUUUUAAUAUCCAGCCAGUGUGUGGGGAUCUUCAGAGUCAGAUCCUGAAGUGUUAUCAAGAAAACCCAGGGAAGACUCUGUCCUGCUCUGGCAUUGCCUCUGCCUACAUGCAGUGUGUGAACAAAGCCAAGAUGGAUAACAUGAGCACCAGAGGCUGAGAUGAAGAGUUGAAGAUGGUACAAGGGCUGCUGUUUUUCUAUGAAGUAGGAUAUUACGCAAAUCAGGUAUAACAUUUUGACCAGUGACAGGCUAAAGAAAGUGACAGUGACAGGCUAAAGAAAGACAAAUCACAAUGGUGUUUGCAAAUGAGUAGGGAACACCAAGUGACCAUUUUGUUUUGGAGGCUGGGAAUCAGCAGGAGCAUUUUGUUCUUUGACACAUAGGGAUACCUGAUAAUUGAAUCAGAGAGUCUCUAUACUGCGAUCAAUAAGAGGCAAGUGGUCAUCAUUAUUCCUGGUUGAUGCAUAUGUUCACUACAGCUGAAAUACUGGGCACUCCUUUAAGACACUUUUACUGUGAAAAUCACUUUGUUUACCUACACUUACACUUUCUACCCCCAACUAUGCCAAAACUCAAUAAAACAUUCAACAGUACAGUAUCUUUUACUAAUUGGAAAUUUAGGAGUUUUGUUUAGUUAGAAUGCAUUUAUUAUUUGUGUGAUCAAUUGUUUUAAUAUGUGCCUUAGAGUCACUAUUGUUGUACAUGUAUCUGGUGUUAAUGGACACACAGGAAUAAGACAACAAGGUUUUGAGUUUCAUUUAAAUUAUUGUGUGAAGAUGAAACUACCUUUUAAAGACUGAAGCAUGGAUAAAUUACCUCAAUAAAUGUGUGUU